UGAACCACCUAAGCCAAAUAUCUUAACAAAGAAUACACCAUCUUUGGUUCAUCGGUUUCACAAAAAACCGGCUAGCGAUUUUGUGUAUAUUUGCGUCAUCGGUUUUUCCCGUAUAUAUAAUAUAUGGGAAAUGCAUAAUAUAUUUAAAACUUUUUUUUGUAGAAUCGAAACCUUGUUUAUUAGAAGGUAUCUAUCUGAAUUUUGCCUAUACAUGAAACUAUUGAUUUGUCUUGAGAUUUGUAUGCACAUUUAUUUAUUUGAUUUGUAUGCAUUUCAUCUAUGUCCUAAAUCCAAAAAACAAAUUAAUGAAUGGCUUACAAAGAAGCCUACCACCAUUCCAAAAGCAAGGGAGGGAGAGAGUAGUGGGAAGAGGUGCAGAUUGCUUAGCAACUUGGACGCCAAGUGCUGAACCGGAUAUGAGCGUUAGGUCAUCUUGAACCUACAGUUUAUGAAAUAACAUCAACUUUUGAUAUAUAAUGGAGAGGAUACGUCUUGAUAAAACUUUGUCAAAGGCAGUGGACGACUAUCUGGAAUACAGGAGAACUGUGGGUGAAGAUGAUGGAGGAAGGCUAUUUUCCCCAGAGGAAUAUGAGGACUAUAAGAGAGCAGUGUUUCCACAGAGACUACAGAACAGGCUGUAUGUUAGCUUUGGAGUGCCAGGGGGAAUAGACUGUAAACUCAUCGGUCCAGAGACACCUUGUUUCUGCACGCACAGGUUCAAGCAACAUCAGACAGACUUCGACGUGGUUCCCCCAGAGCGUCCAAUAGUGCUACCUUGCCAGGUUCAAGGGUGUCGGUGUUCAGCUUACCGGUUCCUUCACUUGAAUGGAUCUCAGCCUGUACGCUGCAGGUGCAAACACUUUGCCCACGACCACAGCGAGACCGCAGAACACGUGUGUAGGAAAUGUACUUCCUGCUCUGGGUUCUGGAGCCCCUACACCUGUGGUUGUGGCCAGCCUAGCUCCGACCAUCAGACGCUGGUGGAGACAAGGACAGAGCGGGAGGCCCGGGGUCGGCCCGUGGGAAAGGAUGUUCCGUAUGCAGCCAUGGGUGGUCUGACGGGGUUCAGCUCUCUGGCAGAUGGGUACCUAAGACUGGAUGACAGUGGGGCAGGAGCCUCACCUCUUUGUGUCCCGUUGUCUCACCGAGGCGAAGCAUUCCAGGAGCAUGUGUUUGAGAAAGCCUAUGGAGCAGCACCAGCUUCAGGAUUUACAGAGGGAAGCUCAGUGAUGUCUGUGACCAGGGCUGUGUCGGACCUCCGGACCAGAGAGGAGGAAGACAUGGCAUACUUUGAGAGACGCUACCAGGAGAGGGUAAAGGCUGAAAAUAUGGCUGUCAAACAGACGUCAUCAUUUUCCAGAGGAUGGCAAUCUACCAAACCAGUCUGCAGAACAUCAACCAAACCAACCACCUCCCUAUCCAGGAGGCAUCAUACCAAACAGCCCUCCAAAUUGGAGAAGAGGACUGAUAGUUAAUACCAAACAUGCUUUGUUUGAGGCAUUAUUGCAUUAAAGAUCAUAAUAGAACUUCACUGUGUAAGUGAUAAUCAAAAACCAUUAUGAUCAGUCUCUUCUCGGUUGAUAAACAUUACAGUUUUUGACUACACUAUUUUUUACAGCUUCAAGUAUAUAUUCAAAGUCCUCUUGAAUCUUUAACAACCCCAUUUUCUAUUCUGACCUCAGUCUCUUUGUUGACUUCGUGUGUUGGUAAUUUCACUUCAUAAAACAUUGGCUCUACUUUCAUUUUAUGAUUAAAUAGAUGGAUAUGAGGAAUACAUUCAUUUUAUUGAUCAGGAUGCCCUUACUGUAAUCUACUGCAGAUAAAAACAUGGAAAGCAGAGUGGCCUAUCAGUGAUGUACUGGUUAUUUACAGUAACUCAAAUAAUGUCAAGAACUUAGAACUUACACUGUUCCAUACAAAAUGUAUCACUAACUGUAAGUCUGUAGAUAAGAGUAUUUGCUAAAUAACUCAAAUGUGAAUAUCAAAUAUCUUAAGUACCUUCCCAGCUAUGCUCCUUCUGUUAACAAAAUGCAAUUGGCUUAUUCAUGAACAUAAUGUGGAGUUGUCUACAGGUUUACUGCUCUUUAGGAAAACAUGAGUGUCUUUGUUUUGAAUACUUGUUCUUGGUGUUUUUUUCCAAUGUCAUUACAACAGCUAACUGAGGCUAACAAUGCUUAAUUUAGAGGUCUCUUCACACUUACAUGGCUUUAUGGAUCUAAACUUUUUUGUUGAUAUUGUACUUUUGGAAUGUACCAUCUCUUAUUCUCGCAGCAUGAAUAAAUGAGCGUUUACAAUGUGGUCUUACACAGUAGAAAGAGUAAAGUCUUUAGGGAAUUCAACAAGCUACAUAGAUUUUAUUUAAUCCAACAUUCAGAUGGAAGGGUUAAAUGGCAUGGGUGGAUGACUUUUUGGGUUUAUGCUCAUUCCCUUCUUAUUCUUUUGGCAAAAUUAAUUAGCAUAGCAUUUAUGAUUGCAUUUUAGGAUGUAGCCUGAUGGUAAUGUAUUGACCAUUG